AUGACAGCAAGCACUUGCUUAUGCAGACGCCAUACCAGUGAUCAGUGGGAGUUCAACAAAGCUGAGAAGAUCAGACGAACCAAUGAAUGCCUGAGGAGCCGUCAGAAGUGGGAUGAGAGCUGGUCAUUCUCCCUUUCCCCCUGUAAACUUGCUGUAGGAAGAAACAAGCAGCCAGACUACCCAGCUAUGUUAACUUACCCUCAUGAAUCUGCAAGGAAGCUCCAGCAGUUAAAUCGCGAUACAAGAACAUUUAACGUUCUCCUCAUCACACAAGACUUGCUUGGAUCGGGCUGGCAAUACAAUUCCUCUCUUGGCGAGCACUUGCUUGAUGAGGCACUUUGA